UUUUGCCGUUUUAUGAUCGCCAUGAACGUGAGUGUACUUUGAAUUCCCCCAAAGUCUAAUUAUCAAGCAUCUAUUUGUGUUAAAAGUGUGUUCUCGGGAAAGCCCUAUUUCUUGGUCGCUCCUUCGGGUUUGUGGUCGUUGGUCGUGGCUUGUCUUUCGCGUCUCUCGUUGGUCGCCAACCCCGUGUUGGUGGCCGCUCGGAGAAGUGGUGGACAGAAUAGCAACACAUUCGUUACAUUGCCAGCGCAAACGUGCAAACAUACGAAUGUCGUGACUCAGGACACAUCUUCUAUCAACAUGAAAUCAGCUGUAAGUGAAGGUAUAAAGUCCGCUGCUGGAAGAGGAAAAUACCGUGAUCUCUAUCCCCAAAGGUGACUAUCAAUCUGUGCCUGAGAACACACACUGGAUGUGAGAACAAAGCCGACUUCCAAUUUUUAUCUCGGACAAAAUCAAACUUCCAUUUAUAUCUUAUCUUGUCGAGGAAAACAUACUUGCUAUUUCUAUAUUGCUAAAGACACCCCGCGGAGUUGCGUUAUAUCACCAAGACCUGCCAAAAUAUUACUAGUCAGCCCUUCUUUCCUAAACGGGCGGGUGUUCGAAUUUGAGAAGUGCACCUUGCUACACUCCGCUGCGCUGCACUUUUGACGACUGGUACCUAUUUGACCAAUAUAUUGCCAUACGUAAAUUAUAUACUUACUUCCCUGUGGAUAUGACGUUCAUUCGAAACUGGAUAUUCAUUAUCGCCCUGUCCAUACCUUGCUGCAUAGCGACCUUUUUCCCUGGGGAUUCGCUACUUGGAACACUGGGAGCGAGCCUCUUCCCUCCAUUUCUGACGAAUAACCCUCUCCCAGACGGAUUCCCUUGGAAGUUAUGUUCCGCGAACAAUACAGAUCCAAAAGAUGCACCAAACACUGGUGUUACACGAUAUUAUGACUUCACCAUAAAACGAGGAAAAGCCGCCCCGGAUGGUUAUGAGAAAGAAGUAAUACUAAUUAACGGAGAAUUCCCAGCCCCGACAAUAGAGGCCAAUUGGGGAGACUGGAUUGAAGUCAAAGUGAAGAAUGCAAUAACUGGACCAGAAGAAGGCACGAGCCUUCAUUGGCACGGAUUAUUUCAAAAGGAAACGCCAUGGUACGAUGGUGUGCCUUCUAUCACACAAUGCCCUAUUGCUCCACGGGCCACAUUUACGUAUAGAUUCAGGGCGGACGUCUAUGGAACAACCUGGUACCAUGCUCACUACAGCGCUCAAUAUUCUGCCGGCCUCACAGGAGCAUUAAUCAUUUAUGGGCCAUCGCAUGUCCAAUAUGACGAAGAUUUGGGCCCAAUAAUGCUUCAAGAUUGGUACCACAAGGAUUACUACAGUGUUGUUGAAGGCGUUAUGAGCAAUGAUACUGCUCUACAAGAGCAAUACUCGGACAAUACCAUAAUAAAUGGGAGAAUGCCUUAUAAUUGCAGUUUAGUUACUGACGGGACGCCAUGCUCUCAAAGCACAUACUCGAAAUUUAGGGUGACGCCCGGAAAGACAUACAAAUUGCGGCUCAUCAACACUGCCGCUGGUGGCUGGCAACAUUUCAGCAUUGACGGGUAUAAUUUGACAAUAGUUGCAAACGACUUUGUUGCUAUUCAUCCGUAUAGCACUAAAAUUGUAACUUUGGGGAUUGGACAAAGAUCAGACGUUUUAUUCACUCCCACAGGAAACGCCACUGGCGCGGUCUGGAUGCGAACAAACCAAUACGCAGAUUCUUGUGCAAGAGCGCUUCAGCCGGAAGGGAAAGCAAUCAUCCUUUAUGAUAAAGCUUCCGAAGAUACAAUCCCGGCCACAGAAGCUACACCCAUCGUCGACGAUGGGACCUGUAGAAAUGACCCGUUGAACAUGACCGUUCCAUACUAUCCCUCGGCGCCACCAGAACCCUCAGUAACUUACAACAUUACAAUAACGCAGGUGGUUAAUUCUACUGGUCAUAAGCUUUUCUAUAUGAAUGGAUCGCCAUUCCAAGCCAACUACAACAACCCAAUCCUUCUACUUGCCAAUGAGAGGAAUUAUUCAUAUCCUUACGACCCCCAGUGGAACGUCAUCAACCUUGGGUCAAAUUCUUCAGUGCGCAUAAAUGUGUGGAAUGACAAUUUUGUCCCUCAUCCAAUGCAUCUUCAUGGCCAUGAUAUGUGGGUCUUGCACGACGGCCUUGGACAGUGGGACGGAACUAUUGUCAAUCCCGAAAACCCCCAACGCAGAGAUACUCAGAAUCUAGCCCCGAAUGGUCACAUUGUCUUCCAGUACAAUCUUGACAACCCGGGAGUCUGGCUAUUCCAUUGUCACCUUGCGUGGCACUUAUCUUCGGGUUUAUCUGUGAGCUUGUUGGAGCGACCCAAGGAGAUCAACCAGUUUCAGAUUCCAUUUAUCAUGACGCAGACGUGCGUGGAGUGGGAUAUUUACACAGCUUUCAACACUAUCGACCAAAUUGACAGUGGUGUAUAGGCUUGUGACGGGGCUGUAAAUUGAUACCACUGGGACUUCGUGCAGGUAUGAAGUAUACGCGGCAAAUAGUAUUACUCGGUUCGGGAGUUGGAUGCGGACAAGGUCCCUGAUAUUAUUAGCUGAAAAUUACAGUUGG